CUUCUGCACCCUCUGCUCUGAGACAGGAGCUUCUCCGUGCCCUGCAGGAUGCCUGGAAACAUCAGAUCAGUGUCUGUGGUGUGGGUGCUGUCGGUCUGUCUGUUCUGCAGCAGACCGACCAGCGUGGGUGCAGCACCCAUCUGUGCCAAUGCCCAAACCGGGUGCCACAUCCUCUCCCUGGCCAACCUGUUUGACCGGGUCAUCCAACACUCAGCCAGGAUGCACGGUGUUUCAAACGACCUUCACUCCGAGUUUGAGCAGUACUUCCUGCCCAGUAAGAAUCAAAUUGGCCGGGUCAGUCGCAACUGUCACACCUCCGACAUCCUCACCCCAAAUGGCAAGGAGAACGCUCAGAGAAUGGCGAGAGAGGAGCUGACGGAGGUGAUUCUGAAGCUCCUGGUGGCAUGGAGGGAUCCUCUGUGGCAUUUCCACCAGAGCAUAGCUCACCAUCAUGACUUCAACAACUUCAGCUCCAAUAAAGCUCUUGAGAUGAGUGACAUGGUGCACGAGCUGCGCAAAGGUGUACAGAAAGUGGCUGAGAAGAUGCAGAUGUUGGGGAUAAUAAGUAACUCAGUUAGCGGCCUGGCUUCUCAUGAGGCUUCCUUGCCAUCUGGAAGUGCUGAGUGGCGCCUGAUGAAAGACUAUGAACUCCUCUACUGCUUUCGCAGAGACUCCAACAAGGUCCAGAACUACCUGAAGAUCCUAAAGUGUCGCAUUAUGCCAGAACAUGGAUGCUAAAGGCCAGGAAACUAUGGAGGCUGUGUUUAACUUCCGGAAAAUAUCAACAUGUUGGAAUGGAAAUGCUACGAUUAGAAACUGCACGGAUAAAGCUGUAGUUUUUGUGUUUUCUAUCUGAAGGGUAUGGGACGUUAACUGAUAGACAGAUAUGUUCACUCCUAUCAUGACUGAAGUGCUACUGAAACCCAAAGACUCUUCCCACCUCAGAUUAUAUCGAGCGUGGACAAACAUGAGUUGAGCGUGG